UCUUCAGAAAUUAUUUAAGCUCCAACGUAUCAGAAAUUAUGCAAAGUUCUAUAUUCUAAUUACUUGUUUGAGUUUGUAUCUACUAGCCAGAACAGAUCAUCACUUAACUCAGCCAUUAUUGUCGCCGCCGUCUCCGUUCACCGGUAACAGUUGCUGUUGAAGCUCAGCCCGCGCUCUUUCACCUGAGGGAGGUGAGACAACUGCCUUUGGGGUUGAGUAGUGAUUACAGAAUUAUAUUCCUCACGGGUCAAUGAUGGAUUUGGUUGAUUGAAUUACAAGUAAAACAACCCAGUGAGAAUUGCGGGGAGAAGAUGCAUAUGGAAGCUCUAAAGUAUUUGUGGGAAGGAGCAAUUCCCCUUCAGAUUCAGCUCCACGAAUCAGAAGUCACCACUCUCCCUCCUCCUCCUCCAGCUUUGAUCUUAGCUCCUCGGAUGGGCUACCUUCCGUUGUUAUCUGCUCUUGUAAAGCCCUACUUUAGUAGUGCACUUCCUCCUGGUGUUGAUACUGUUUGGUUUGAGUACCACGGCUUGCCUCUCAAAUGGUAUAUACCUACAGGAGUUCUCUUUGAUCUUCUAUGUGCUGAACCUGAAAGACCUUGGAAUUUGACGGUACAUUUCAGGGGAUAUCCUGGAAAUAUAUUGAUCCCGUGUGAAGGUGAAGAUUCUGUGAAGUGGAGCUUUAUUAAUUCAUUGAAAGAGGCAGCAUACAUAAUUAAUGGAAACUCCAAAAAUGUCAUGAACAUGUCUCAGUCUGACCAGUUGGAGCUUUGGAACUCUGUGAUGUAUGGUAGUCUGGAAGCUUACCUACGUGUAUCAUAUAAGCUUAAACUUGGAACGGUUGAAGAUGAGUACACCAUAAAAAUGAACCUGUCAACUAAAUCUGGACAAGGAACUGGUGAGACAGAUAUGGCUGGACAAAUGAAGACAGGUAGAAUUCCAGUUCGAUUGUAUGUUUGGACUGUCAAUGAAGAUUUUCACAAUCUAGAAGAUGCUCCUAAAAUUGAUAGUUGGGAUAAAAUCUCUUUUAUAAACCGACCUGUUGAAAUUCACUCAGAAGAAGGUAAAUGCUUCACAUUAGGUGAUGCUCUUAAAGCUAUUCUACCAGAAUUCUUCGUUGAUUUGCCCUUGAUCGGUGAGGAAUUGCCAAAACUGGAAGAUGAGAAUAAAACAAAUAUACCUUCAGAAGAUGCAAGCAGCAAUAGAAGUGCAGAAGAAGGGGUUGAAAAUUUAUGUGAACGUACCAAGUCUUCCUCUUCAACCACAAUUACCGAAAUCAAACUUGUCCGCAUCCAAGGGAUUGAGCCAAAACUGGAGAUACCAUUCUCGUGGUUGGUAAACAACUUAAUGAACCCAGAGCACUUCCUCCAUAUCUGCAUUUGUGUCAAAGUUCCAGCUGGUAAUAAUGUAUGAUAGGCUAUGCUUCAACUAUUCUUUUUCUAAUUUCUUUGUGUUCUCAAUUGGUAUCACUGAUGUCUUUGUUCAAAACCAUUCAUUUACUGUAUAGAACUGUACAGAAUAGAUAUCACAUCAUAUUGAUUCUCUUUGAACCAAAAGGAAGAAAAUAGAAAAAUAUCAAAGGAAAAUAAAUUUCUUGUAA